AUGACUGAAAGGAACCACGCAACAAACACUAAAGGCUCAGCUCCACUAUUGGGAGACAAGUACAAGUUAUCACAAGAAGAGAUGGAGGAAUUUGAAAAGAACUUUGACGGUAACGUCAAGCUGAAUCGUGGUGGUAAGACUAAGAUAGUACCAUUAGACCAGCUCCGCAAACCACACAGUCUAACCCAUAGCGCUCAAUUCAAACAGCAACAUCCAGAUAUAUCAGGUGCAUCAUCGUCAUCAUCAUCAUCAUCAUCAUCGAAAAAGGACAAUUCCGGCGGUCUAGUCUUAAAUGACGGCCAUAGACCGGAGGGAAAACAGUAA